AUGGGAGACAUCACGGGAACCGAGUCACCUGCGCCGGAAGCAUCCCAACCAUUGCUACGCUCCUCGCUGGACCAUCCUUCCAAUUCCAUGUCUGCGACCGAUCUUACCGAGGAACAGCUCGAGCACCAACGUCAAAUCCGCCAGCAAAAACGUGCCUCGCUCCCCGCCCGUCCCCAUGGGGCAGCACGCCAUAAGAAACGCUUGACCCUGAACUUCCCCAUCAACGUACCUCCCCUGACGACGGCCCUGGAUUCAAACGUCGCUGAGCCCAGUUCCAUGACGCCUGUGACCCGGCCCUCGACUCGACACUCUCAUAUCCCCGCCGUCGGUACCCCUGUAACCUUCGACGACCACGAUGACGGGUCCGGCCUCCUGACCGCCAUUGCCUCGCAGGAACGAAAAGUGCUGGAGCUCCGCGAGGAGCUCCAACGGGCCGAAACCGAGCUGGACUCGUUGAAAAGGCAGUGGGAGUCAUCAGAGAAGACCAAGAAACGCAUCGAUAUCAGUCACCGUGCUGAACCGUUGAUCCCUCUGCGAUCCCCUGACCGGCCCGGAGCCGACGAGAUGAUCCUCCACAGCAGGGAGCACAGUGUCGCGAGCUCGGAGAGCCCAUCGGUAGCACAACCACGGUUCAGCCGGGAGCUGGAGCGCCGUCACAGUGUGCGCGCUGCGGCGGCGAAGGGUACCAAAAUAUCUGCAAAUGGACGGCGGGUGUUUCAAGGUUCCCAUACGCGGACCUUGUCCUUGCUCUCACCCACUGUGGGCCCUGUCCCCAAUUUGCCAGGUUCGGAGUCAGGAAAUGGCCAGCCCGAUCAAGAUCGCAUGGGCCGCUCUCCACGAGCGGCGACCCUGCCGUCGGCCGAGCGUAGUCCGAUGGUUCUAAGCUCGAAUGAAGACAUGAUCGCGCAGUGGCGGAAAACGAUGCCUCCCCCGUCGCGGGAGGCGCUGGUGCGCACGGGCAAACAGAUGGCAUCCGAUCUGCGCGAGGGUCUAUGGACCUUUUUGGAAGAUAUCCGGCAGGCAACGGUGGGGGAGGAAGGAAUCAACGCCACCGAGUCGAGAGCGGUGCCGUCCCGGAGCUCGAAUUCGCGAAGCCGAGACCGGCUGUCGAUGCAAGGAAGCAUAUCCUCGCGAUCCGCCUCUUCGUCACGGAGUAAAGGCGCAGGAGCGAAAUUAUCUGGUAAAGACUCUAAAUCGGCGGAUAUAGACUCGUCGUUCUGGAGUGAAUUCGGCAUUGAUACAAGUGGGCAGAAGUCCCGGAAAGCUCACAGAGCCUCCACUACCCCAAGCGGGCCGAACGCGCAAAACGAGUCCAAUCGUCUCGACACUGAGGACAACUGGGACGACUGGGAUACUCCCCAACCGAAGAAAAUGCAUACCCCUUCGUCGAGUCAGUCUACGUGGGAAUCGAAGCAAGACCAGUCGCCGAUGACUCCUAGUAGUCCCCGCACAAGUACUAGUUUUGGUGACUGGCGCCCACUCCACGACUCCUCUGUCCCAGAUCCCAGCGUGUCGGACGGCAUCCCCUGGCCGGCCAUGGCCGAUAUGCCAUCCCCGAAGUUGCCGCGCACCGCAGCCCACCUGAUGGCCGAAUGGGAGCGCAGUCUGUCGCCUGCGUAG